AUGGCCAAGAGUGUCACCAGCUUGGCUGUGGGCGCGGGGGCUGCAACCGCGUACCUCCGCCCCGACCUGGUCGCUGGCGCUGCCAGGGAUAUGGCCUUCGGGUCGUUUCCCAGUUUUUCGACCGUCUCCGGCAGUAAUGCAGCUUUCGCCGAGACGGAAGCCUUAAAGGCGAUGGUUGAACAGCUCUCCAGAGACCUGAAAUCUCAUCAGCAGCGUGUGAUGGUCGUGCAGACAGGGAACGAGAGGGGUGCGGGCCUGACGACGUACGCUGUCGGCAUCGUGGGGGUGGGCACUGUCUUGUACCUGACGGUGGUGCGUGGCUGGCGCCUGGGCGACUUCCUGUAUGUCACCCGGCGGGGCCUGCAGCAAGGCCUCGGCCAGCUCCACACACGUUUGGAGGGUCUGAAUGCGCGCCUUAAUGACGUCAAGGCCCGUCUCCAGGCUAAGCUGAAUGAGCUGGGAGGUAAGCAGGACGCCACCAUCGCUGCCCAGCGCGAGAUGUCCCAGCGCUUGGAUGAGGUGGGCCGGGACGUCACAAACACUGGCAGCCAGGUUCGGCAGAUCCACGGGAAGGUCUAUGACAUGGACUCGGCGUUGGUGGAGGUUGGCGCCAACCAGCGGCAUGCCAACCACGGCAUCUUCAUCCUGUGCAAGGCGGUGGGGGAACUGAUGCAGGGCUCCAACAUCGCGUCGCGGGCAGAGCUCCUGGAGUUCACCCAGCACCCAAUCUGGCAGGGAGAUCGCCUGCAGGGGCUGGAGAGCGUCCUGGGAGACAUGGAUGCCAACAGCAAGGGCAAGCGUCCGUUCCUGCUGGGCGGACCCGAUUGGCAGGACGUGGUGGGCCUCCAGGGACACCUUAUGUCCUCCGGCGUAGGAUUCGAGAGCAUGGUGGACUCCGUCUUCCUGGACGUGAUCCGGGUGGUUCCACAGCUCCUGCUGGUGGUCCUUGUCGUCAUCGUAGCAGUACUGAUCGGGAAAGAUAUCUUGAAUGGCAUGCGGCGGCCCUUCCUCAAGCCCGACCAGUGGCAAGCGCUCCCCCUGACUGAGGUGAAGAAGACAACGCAUAACACGCGCCUUUUCCGCUUCGCGCUACCCCAUGUCGAUCAGCAGCUGGGACUGCCCGCGGGUCAGCACAUCACGCUCAAGGUUACAGGACCCCAUGGCGACGAGAUCCUCAGGCCCUACACACCAGUCUCUGACAUCUCCCAGCGUGGGACCGUCGAUUUCCUGAUCAAGGUCUAUCCCGAGGGCCGCAUGUCCCAGGCGUUGGAUGCCCUGGCUGUGGGAGACAAGGUGCUCUUCAAGGGGCCAAAGGGGCGAUUCGUGUACAAGCCGGACACCUGGAAUGCCAUCGGCAUGCUGGCUGGGGGCACGGGGAUCACGCCCAUGUACCAGCUGCUGCAGAAGAUCCUGAAGGACCCGAAUGACACGACAGAGAUCUCGCUGAUCUUUGGAAAUGUCACCGAGGAUGACAUACUGCUGCAGAAGGAGCUGGAGGAGAUGGCGAGUAAGCACAAGCGAUUCAAGGUAUUCCACGUCCUCAACAACCCUCCAGCUCAGUGGACUGGAGGUGUUGGGUUCAUCUCCGAAAGCAUGAUCAGGGAGCACUUCCCGGCACCGGCUGCUGAUGUCCUCAUUCUGCGGUGUGGGCCUCUGCCCAUGAUGAAGGCCAUGGAAACCCACCUGGACAGGCUCGGGUACACCCGCGAAGUCCAGUUUCAGUUCUGA